UAAGAAUAUUCCAGAAAAGUAUUUUUGUUGCAAAAAAAAAAAUUUGCUUAUAUUUAGUAGCAAGCUAUUUAAUUGAAUCUGUUAAAUUUACUUGAAUUGAUUAGAUAAAAACCAACAAGAAAUGAGCGCAGUAGGAAACAAAAUUCGAUCAGCUUUACGAAACGUAACAAUUACACCAGAAUGUGACAGCAUGUCAGGUUCUUUACAAAUCAGUGCUAUGUUAAGCUUAGCUUUAACGCUGAUAUUUGCCGUUGCAUGUGGAGGUAUAUAUGUGUAUCUUCAUUUAAUCUUAAAAGAUGAUGCAGACAGUAAGGUAAAGAAAGAAAAUCUCAUGGUCUAUGCAUUCUGGGGAUCAACUGCCUAUAUUGCAUUUAAUACUCUCCUUUCCAUCUGGUUGUACAUGACAGCCAAUGGAUUGACUGAAUGCAUCAAACCAUCAGCCUGAAGUGACAUUAUUGUAUUGUGAUUGAUUUAAAAAAUUUCAAAUAAACAUAUCUACCAUGAAUGUUGAACAUACAGCCAACAUUGUCUCAUUGAUUAAUUGUUAUAAUUAAAACAUGACAGUUUGAUUCAUUGCAAAUUAUUUUUUUUUU